AUGUGGGAAGCCGUUCAAACGGGAGACUUGCAGGCAGUGAAUUAUCAUUUGGCUACUGCCGACAAUGCUCAGCGACAGUCCAACUUGAUAGACGCCGACCAAGGCUACACCCUGUUACACUCUGCUAUCAUGAGCCAGGAAAAUUCUAUCAAUGUGUCACGCCUUUUAUUGUUUUAUGGAGCUGAAGUCGACAUUUACUCUGGACACAACGUUCUCCCCAUACAUACUGUUCCAUUAUAUUGCCCAGAUCCAGUAGAAUAUCUUCAGUUACUGAUACACUAUGGAGCUAAUGUUAAUGUGGCUGACGGCGAUUAUUGGACACCACUUCACUAUGUUGUGCGAUUUACGAAACAGCCUUUGGAAGCCAUGCGCCUUCUCGUACGACAUGGAGCAAAAGUGAACGCACAAGAUUUAAAUCUCAAAACACCAGUGUUCUGUUUGCUCGCUAAUGGAGACUACGCAAAAGAACUGGAGUGGUUGGUCACAAACGGUGCUUCACCCUAUAUCAACGGAUUGUUAUUAGACUCCACUACUGGUAUUGCGAGAUCUGGCUCCCUUGUCGUGCAAGCUGCAAAAUACUUCAGAGUCGCGUGCAUCACUUGGUUGCUCACGCAAUUUAAAUGGUCAGAUAAUGAUAUUGAGCAUGCCAUUUAUACUGCGAAUACUCAGCUCUGUCGACAUGGCUAUCAAACUAUCGAUAAGGAUAUGCAGCAACACAUGCCCAUGGAUAAAACGGAGGCUGCUGCUAGAGCCACUGUACAAGCUUUGAGACACUAUCUAAAAAGUCGUGACAUGACACCAAGUGCCACGGAUAAAAGGACUCUCAUAGCGAGGAAAAUCAGUUUGAAGCUGUUAAACCGUGCCUAG